GCCAUUUUCAAAACAGUGACACAAGGAUACAUUAUAAAGGAUCCAGCCUAGGAACAUUUUUAUUCAUUACAAUUCACAACUAGUGCAAUACUUUUGUCAUCCUGCAAAUUUUCACUGCAAAUUUGGAGAUAAAAAUGUGGUACCUACUGUUCUUGAUCAUUGUAAUACUCUCAGCAUCACAACAAUCUCUUGUUUUGUCUUCUUCACCGUCGCCAAAGAGCCCACAUCGAUGCCUCAGCCACCAGAGGUCCGCCUUGGUGCAACUGCAGCAAGAUGUUCUAAAGCACUACAAUCCUUCUGUUAUAUUUGAUGAUAACUCUUCAAUGAAAGUUCAGCAAUGGAAGCUGGAAAGAGAUUGUUGUUCAUGGGAAGGUGUCACCUGCGAUGUCGCUGGUUAUGUCACUGGCCUCAACCUCAAUUAUAGCAUGAUUUCCGGUCAUAUCAGUGCCAUAUUUGAUCUCCACCAUCUCCAAUAUCUUAGCCUUGCUAGCAACAACUUCCGGUUAAACCCAAUACCAUCUGGGUUUGAUAGGCUUAAGAGUUUGACCCAUCUAAAUCUUUCAUAUUCCUGCUUCUCCGAUCAAAUUCCCAUGGAGAUUUCCCGGUUGACAAGGUUAAUAUCUCUUGAUCUAUCCACUAUUCCAUUUUGUGAACUCCCAAACACCUUUAAUGACCCAGACUUCAAUCGCAUAUUUGAAUAUGAAGAGCUCCACAGGCUCAGACUAGAAGAACCCAACCUCCAGACAUUUUUCCAGAACCUGAAUGCUCUCAGAGAGCUCAAAUUAGAUUAUGUAGACCUCUCAGCUCAAGGUUCUAACUGGUCUGAUGCCUUAGCUCAUGCACUUCCUAACCUUCAGGUUUUGAGUUUGUCUUUCUGUCGUCUCUCAGGACCUAUCCAUCCUUCCUUCUCACAGCUCAAAUCUCUAUCCCACAUCGGCCUUGAUGGUAAUCAUCUCUCUUCUGCGGUACCCCAUUUUUUGGCGGAUUUCUCAAAUUUGGUAACUCUCAGUCUCAGAUCUUGUGGUUUGCAUGGGAGUUUUCCUGAAAAAUUGUUCACACUGCCAAAAUUACAAACCAUUGAUCUUUCGGACAAUUCACUCCUCACUGGUCAGUUGCCAAAUUUUUCAUUGAAUAAUUCUUUUCAGCAGAUGAUACUGUACAAGACAAAUUUCCAUGGGAAAUUGCCAGACUCCAUUGGUAAUCUCAAGUUCUUGACAACUUUACUCCUCUAUAAUUGUAAUUUCACUGGGUGGAUCCCAUCAUCACUUGCCAACCUGACUCAAGUUCUUGAAUUGGAUCUCAGUUACAAUAGAUUCAGUGGUCCAAUACCUCCAUUUCAUUCUAGCACUGUUCCAAAGCUUGUAGACCUUGGCUUGUCUUACAAUCUCCUAGAUGGUGCGAUAGAUUCUUUGCUGUUUACUCUCCCAUCGCUGCAAAACUUACGUAUGAACAAUAAUCAUUUCACUGGUCAACUUGAGGAGAUCCCAAAUGCAUCUUCUUCAGUGUUGGAAUAUGUUUAUUUGCAGGGAAAUGGUUUGAGCGGGCCAAUACCUAGGUCAAUCUCCAAACUCCCAAGACUCUUUUUUCUCUCCCUUGCUGCCAACAACUUUAAUGGCAGCAUGAAGCUUGACAUCUUCCAGAGUCUCCAGAACUUAACCAGUCUCGAUCUUUCAGACAACAAUUUGGCAAUUGAAAGUGACGACAAUGAGGGGUUUACAUUUCCCAGUCUCGAAGAAUUAAGAUUGAGCAGCUGCAACUUAAACAAAAUCCCCAAGUUCCUCAAGAAUGAAGUUGUAUUGAGGUCUCUGAACCUUUCCAACAACCACAUCCAUGGAAGCGUCCCCAGUUGGUUAUUGAACAGCAGCACUCUUUAUGAGUUGGACCUUUCUCAUAAUGAAGUUGAUUUCUCUGAUUCAAACCAGGGCAAGUCUGUCUUUAGUGGUGACGAAUUUACUUCAUUUGCAGUGCUAGGCAAAUUGGCUAUGCGCUCCUGCAACGUAAGUAGAUUUCCAGAUUUCCUGAAAGCCCAAGAUGGGCUGUUUUACCUCGAUCUUUCAGGCAACAAAAUAGAUGGUCGUACGCCCAGUUGGAUAUGGAAGAAGAAGCUUCAGUAUCUGAAUAUUUCUCACAAUUUCUUAUAUGCUUUGGAUGAAUUUCUUCCUAAUAUGUCUACCCCGUUGCAAACUCUUGAUCUUCGUGCCAACCUGCUUCAAGGAUCUCUCCCUAAGGCAAUAUGCAAUUUGAGCAGUCUGUCUAUAUUUGAUGCUUCUGAUAACAAACUAAGUGGCUUGAUCCCGGAAUGUCUCGGAAAAAUUGGCACUCUUUCUGUUUUGAACGUCAAAGGGAACAACUAUCGGCGUUUCCCUCCAGAUUUUGGUCUAGCAAGCAGUCUUCGGUCACUGAAUAUCAAUGGCAAUCAAUUGGAAGGAGAGUUGCCAAGGUCUUUAGCCAAGUGCACAAUGCUAGAGGUUUUGGACCUUGGUAACAACAACAUUUCCGAUACAUUUCCGUUUUGGUUGGAUAAACUGCCUGAAUUGAAAGUGCUUGUCUUGCGAGCCAACAGAUUCUAUGGUCAAAUUGAUCAUCAUGGGGGUAAAUUUGUUCUCCCCAACUUGGGAAUAAUGGAUCUAUCUUCUAAUGAAUUUACAGGUGUGCUGUCCAAUGAAUUCUUCCAAAGCCUGAAGGCCAUGGCAAUGAUCGGUGAAAAUAAAUCAGAGCCAAAAUAUAUCGGAGACUAUGAAUAUUAUCAAGAUUCAGUGACAAUUAUGAACAAAGGGAACGAGAUGGUACUAGUAAAGAUCCUAAAAAUAUUUGUUUCUCUUGAUCUCUCAAACAAUAAGUUCCAUGGUGACAUCCCAGAAAAGAUAAGGGAUCUCAAAUCGCUUGUUGUGCUGAACUUGUCUCGAAAUGCUUUUAAUGGACCCAUUCCAUCAUCUCUAGGGGAGUUAGCUGAGCUUGAGUCAUUAGACCUGUCACGAAAUAACCUUUCUGGGAUGAUUCCUCAACAACUUAUCAGCCUUACAUUCCUGGCAGCGUUGGACCUCUCUCAUAACCAACUCUCGGGACACAUUCCCCAAGGCAACCAAUUCAAUACAUUCUUAAAUGCUUCUUACGAAGGAAACAUGGGAUUAUGUGGAUUGCCAUUGUCGAAGAAAUGCAAAGUAACUGAUGAUACAGUACCAUCAACGGAUCAAGGUGAGAAUUCAGAGACAGUGAGCGUGUUUGAUUUGAAAAUUAUGACAAUGGGAUAUGGCUGUGGAAUAGUAAUUGGAUUUUCAGUUGGAUAUACAUUUUGGUCCAAGAUAGAAGAUAUCUGGUACACGAAUUUUGGAGGGCGGGCCAAAAAGCAUGGAAGAAGAUCAAGAAAUGGCCGCAGGAAUCUAUCAGGAAGAUGAAGAUAACAGUGAGUAGUAACUAAAUGUUUGUUAGGUACAAUCAAUCAGAUUGUGUUGAUUAUUCAUAUAAGCUAGUAUAAGAGUCAUCAAUCGGAUGGUUGAUGCCAUCAUGAUC